ACGGCUGGACUUGCUGCAGCGAAGAGAAUUUUGGAAACCGGAGCGGAAGUGAUAGUAUUCGAACAAACCGACCAACUAGGAGGCACGUGGAACUACACCGAUUCGGUCGGAAAGGAUAAAUAUGGGCUGGAUAUCCACACUAGCAUGUACCAAGGGCUGCGGACUAACCUUCCGAAGGAAGUUAUGGGUUUUCCGGACUUUCCGAUCCCUGAACAAAAGGAAUCGUACAUUCCUGCGGAGGAUAUUUUGAACUUUUUGAAAUCGUACGCCAACAGGUUUGACGUUACGCAGCACGUCCGGUUGGAGCACCACGUGGUCUUAGUGGAUAUAGCCGAUACACCCAAAAAGUGGAAAGUUCUGGUGAAAAACCUUCCUCAACAGAAAAUGGAAACAUUCUUUUUCGAUUAUGUGUUCGUUUGUAAUGGCCAUUAUCAUACGCCUCGAUUACCAAACAUUCGCAACAUUGAACUCUUCGAGGGAAAGCAACUACACAGUCACGAUUACAGAACGCCAUAUCAUUUCAAAGAUGAGAAGGUGCUGGUUGUUGGAGCUGGUCCGUCUGGGAUGGAUUUGGCACUGGAGAUUUCGAAAACAGCGCUUCACGUUACGCUAAGUCACCACACAAAGGAACCAUUCAAAACCGUUUUUCCAGCGAAUUUAAUUCAGAAACCGGACAUCGCCGAACUGACGCAAAACGGUGCCCUAUUUGAGGAUGGUAGCCAGGAAUAUUUCACCGUUAUCCUCUACUGCACCGGUUAUCGCUACAGCUUCCCAUUUCUGAGCAACAACUGCGGAGUCGUCGUCGAGGACAAUUACGUUCAUCCGCUGUACAAGCACUGCAUUAACAUCAAUCAACCGACGAUGACCUUCAUAGGGCUUCCGUAUUACGUGUGCGCUGCACAGAUGUUCGAUCUACAGGCGCGAUUCUGUCUCACGUACUACACUGGCAAAAAGGAACUGCCUACAAAGGAGGAAAUGCUGGCCGAUAUGCACGAACAGAUGAAGUUGAAAUGGAUGCAGGGCUGUCGGAAGAGUCAAUCCCAUAUGAUGGGACCGGCGCAGGGAGAAUACUACGACGAUCUGGCGAGGACAGCGGAUGUGGAACCGAUAAAACCAGUGAUGACUCGGUUGCACAAUGAAAGUAGCCAGCGGUUCAAUGACGAUUUGUUGAACUUUAGAAAUGAUAUGUUCCGAAUCGUGGAUGAUAAUACGUUUGAGGAAGUUGUGAGAAAUGCGUAAGCAUAAGAUUAAGCUUGCUGUCGAAAUAGUUUUAACGUGUAUUUAGAAAGUAAUUGUUAUUAAUAAAUAGAAUGGUAUCGUAGAUACACACUGAGUUCAAGGCAUAAGUUCAGAUGUACAGAAUACUAGAAACAUAUUGACUUGAUGAUAUACGGA